UCUCAGCUCUCAGCUCUCAGCUCUCACCUUUCUCACAGCAACGGAAGAGGGGAUCAGAUCACAUAGAUUCCGACAAAUUUUUUCGGCUUCGGAUUCCUUCCCCCUCGAUCCAUCUCUCGCGCGCUCUCCAGUCCCUGAUCUCAGGUGUGGGCUCUGGGAGCUCGUGGGUGUGUCCUCGAAUGCCGUAGAAACCAACAAGCUUGUUUUCCUUCUAAUUGUUUCUGAGUUAUUUGGGAAAGUACCCAUUUGAGAUUGUGGAGAUUUGGGAGUUGCUCUCCCUCUUGUGCACCAUGAGGAACCUCUUCCUCACUGAUUCCUGCAAAGAGACACAGCUCCAUGCCAUCAAUCCCCAGUCAUGGCUUCAAGUUGAGCGAGGCAAGUUGUCGAAAUCCUCCGCGCACUCCACUUCUUCCAUUGAAUCUCUUAUCAAGGUUGCGGAGCCUCCCAUUGUCCCACUAUUUAAGCCUGUUGACUAUGUGGAAGUCUUAGCUCAGAUCCAUGAAGAGCUCGAAUCAUGCUGGCCCCAUGAAAGGUCAAACCUUUACUUGCUCCAGUUUCAGGUCUUUAGGGGUCUUGGGGAGGUCAAAUUGCUUCAAAGGAGUCUCCAUUCUGCUUGGCAGAAUGCCAGUUCAGUCUAUGAGAAACUUAUAUAUGGAGCAUGGUUGAGGUACGAGAAACAAGGGGAAGAACUUAUCUCCGACCUUCUUGCUUCCUGCGGGAAGUGUUCUCAAGAACUUGGGUUUGUGGAUGUUGCUUCUCAGAUCCCAUUUGAGAACUCGUCUGUCAAGUUGACCGGCGAAUGUAUUUUUGGUAUGCCUCAAGUUUCCACUACUGUCUUCUUCCAGAUUAGAGAAGAGAAGAUAGCCUGUGAGAGACAGAAGAUUGCUGCAUUAUCCACUCCAUUCCACACCAUGCUCAAUGGGUGCUUCACAGAAUCACAUCUAGAAGUCAUCGAUUUAUCUGAGAAUGGCAUAUCGCCCACAGGAAUGAGAGCGGUUUCUGACUUCAGUCUCACAGGCAGCUUAAGUGAUUUGUCAGUGGAAAUUUUAUUGGAAAUCUUGGUAUUUGCAAAUAAGUUUUGCUGUGAGAGGCUUAGGGAUGCUUGUGAUAGGAAAUUGGCAUCUCUGGUUUCCUCAAGGCACGAUGCCAUUGACCUUAUGGAGUGUGCUUUGGAGGAAAAUGCUCCUGUCCUUGCAGCAUCAUGUUUGCAAGUGUUCUUACAUGAACUUCCCGGGUGUUUGAAGGAUGAGCAAGUUGUGAAGAUUUUUUCAAAUGCUAAUAAACAGCGGAGAUCGAUCAUGGUUGGCCUAGCCUCUUUCUCACUGUAUUGUUUGCUCGGUGAAGUUGCCAUGGAUAUUGAUCCGAGGUCAGAUAUCACCGCAUGCUUUUUAGAGAAGUUAGUAGAGUCAGCGAUGGAUAUUAGACAAAAGCAAGUGGCUUAUCAUCAGCUGGGAUGUGUUAGGCUUUUGAGAAAAGAGUACAGUGAAGCGGAGCAUAAUUUUGAUGCUGCUUUUGCUGCUGGGCAUGUCUAUUCUGUUGCUGGAUUGGCCAGACUGGCUUGUAUUAAAGGCGAUAAGCUUUCAUCUUGUGAGAAGCUCAGCUCCGUGAUAUCAGCUUAUCCACCACUUGGAUGGAUGUAUCAAGAGAGAUCUCUGUAUUCUGAAGGAGAUAGAAAGUUGGAGGACCUUGAUAAAGCAACGGAGUUGGACCCUACUCUUAUUUAUCCUUACAUGUAUCGAGCAGCAUCUUUGAUGAGGAAGCAAGAUGCCAAACUUGCCCUCACAGAGAUUAACCGUGUUCUAGGUUUUAAGCUGGCUUUAGAGUGCUUGGAACUCAGGUUUUGUUUCUAUUUGGCCCUCGAAGAUUACAGAGCUGCACUUUGUGACAUCCAAGCAAUUCUUACAUUGUCUCCGGAGUAUCGAAUGUUUGAAGGGCGUGUUGCUGCUUCACAGUUGCAUAUGCUCGUUAGAGAGCAUGUUGAACAGUGGACUACUGCUGAUUGUUGGCUACAGCUUUAUGAUAGGUGGUCAUCAGUAGAUGAUAUUGGUUCCCUUUCAGUUAUCUAUCAGAUGCUUGAGUCAGAUGCUGCAAAAGGGGUCUUGUACUUCAGGCAGUCUUUACUUCUUCUGAGAUUGAAUUGUCCUGAAGCAGCAAUGCGUAGCCUACAGCUUGCACGACAACAUGCAGCGACGGAACAUGAACGUCUUGUCUAUGAGGGUUGGAUUCUAUAUGAUACUGGUCACUGUGAAGAAGGACUACGCAAAGCAGAGGAGUCAAUCUCCAUUCAAAGGUCAUUUGAGGCUUUCUUUUUGAAAGCCUAUGCUUUGGCUGAUUCGAGCCUUGAUCCUUCAUGCUCUGCUACUGUUGUUUCACUUCUUGAAGAUGCACUAAAGUGCCCUUCAGAUAGGCUUCGAAAGGGUCAGGCUUUGAACAACCUUGGCAGUGUAUAUGUUGACUGUGGGAAGUUAGAUUUGGCAGCUGACUGUUACAUUAGUGCCCUCAAGAUCCGGCACACACGGGCUCAUCAGGGUCUUGCUCGAGUCCAUUUCAUUAAGAAUGAGAGAAAUGCUGCAUACGAGGAAAUGACCAAAUUAAUAGAGAAGGCUAGAAACAAUGCAUCAGCAUAUGAGAAGAGGUCUGAAUACUGUGAUCGUGACCGUACAAAGGAAGAUUUGCACAUGGUGACCCAAUUGGACCCAUUGCGAGUUUAUCCUUAUAGAUACCGAGCUGCAGUGCUUAUGGAUAACCACAAGGAGAAAGAGGCAAUUGCAGAGCUGACAAGGGCGAUAGCAUUCAAAGCUGACCUUCACCUCCUGCACCUUCGUGCUGCUUUCCAUGAGCACAUUGGGAAUGGAUCUAGUGCUCUUCGAGACUGCAGGGCUGCCCUUUCUUUGGACCCUAAUCACCAGGAGAUGCUUGAGCUCCACAGACGAGUAAACAGCCAAGAACCAUGAGCGCAUGUCAUACUUUUCUUUAUAACUACACCAGAUCCAUGCACCGGCACCUCAUUAUAGCCUGGCUUGGUUCUGUAUUCUUUCUCCCCUUCUUCCACUUCCACCUUUCUGUUGUGUAAUGUAUGCCAAUCACAGUUUAAGUUAAUUUCUGUGUGUUUCACUUGUUAAAUGUCUGUCUAGAAAUUUUGAUUCUCCGAAUUAAAUGAAAAGUUUAAAGGCAAUCAAAGCAAAAAUUUGGAGAA